GCCAAGAAUUGGGUGAAGGAACUCCAGCGACAAGCAUCUCCAAAUAUAGUAAUGGCUCUAGCGGGUAACAAGGCUGAUAUGGCCAAUAGGAGAACAGUUGAAUACGAGGAAGCUCAAGCCUACGCUGAAGAUAACGCACUUCUUUUUAUGGAAACUUCUGCGAAGACGUCGAUGAAUGUGAACGACAUCUUCAUGGCGAUUGCUAAAAAAUUACCAAUAGGUCCACCAGCAGGUGAGCCAAGUGGCACAGUGGAUAUGAACCAACCACAACAGGCACAGAAGGGUAAUUGCUGCAAGUAA